AUGUCUCUGAUAUGAAAACAUGUCAUAACAUAUACAUAUAUAUGAUACAAACUCGAUCGAAGAGUGAUGUGGUCAAUAUUUGAUUGCAUUUCAUUUAGUCUGUGUCAUUUCAAUAAGCCAACCCCGUACAAUAUUUUCAACAACUUAUUGUAGAUUUAGGACUGUUUUCUAAAGACAUUAUCUAUCGUCAUAAACUUUAACUUGUGAAAAUAUUGGGAUGUUAUCUCGAAAUAUUUUACAUAAUUCGGGAGUGAUAUUUCAUUUUUAAGUUAAUAUCUCGAUACGGGUAAAUAGCCUUUAUUAAUCAAUAUAUCGACCAUUGCCGUAACGUUUUAGUAUAUUUACACCAAGGCUAACACGGGCUCUGUUUGUCACGGUUAGGAGUUUGUGGUGAGAUAUACAUUAGACAUCCUGAUUUUCCCUGUAAAUGUCUACAUUUUAUCUCGUCUCGUCCAAACGUCUGGUUUCUUGACCGAAUUUCGUUCACGCCGGUAGUGAACAGGUAAAAACGGGUACCAAUUAUCUGUCGAAAGUUUGUCAACAAUAUAAGUAAACAAAGGCGAGAUUCUUUGAAAACUACCGUUAUCCUGGACGAUAUUUAUCCGUCUGGUCAAUCGAAUUACCUGUCUCGAAUAUUGACCCCAGACAUUCAUUCGUCACUUGCGAGGGUUGAUCACCUUUUAAAGCUGACCCCACACGCUGUCUGUAUACAGCUGUCUGCAGGUGAAUCCCGACCCCGCCCCAGACACGCUACCUGCAAUCUGGGCGUCGCGGAACUACCCAGGGGUAUUUCACCGUUCACCCGAACAAUGACCUCGCUAAUCUACCCUAUCCAUAUCGGGAUCACGGUAUAAUAGGAGUUGAUUAACUAUGCAUACCUGUAUAUGUCUAAUUUAUAUGUCUCUACCUGGAAUGUUUGGUCUGCGAGGUCACGAUAAAUAGUCAGGUCACAACCAGAUAUCUUCAUAAUUCACUCACGUCUCUUACACGGUGGAUGACAAGUUCUACUCGCGGACAAGUCAGUACCAUAGCAGUGGUUGUCGAGGACGCACAUUUUAACGUUUAUUUACUGAACUACACGGGUCACAAACACGAUGAGUACCUGUACAUCACCUUUGGAACGCCUUUCGUCCACAUCGGUCCCCAACACCGGAGAGCUGACGCCCGUCGCUGUGGUCCCCCAUCCUCCGGAGCAAAUUCCCAUGGUUGGCAACACUUCCUGGAGCGGAGCCAGCGCCCCAACCUGUUGUAGAUGUGGAAAUGGAAUUUACGACAGAUUAGUGGUUCGCGUGCAGGAUAAACUGAUGCACAGCGCAUGUGUUCGAUGUACGUCAUGUGGCGUUGAAGUGUCAGACGUUUGUUUUUCUGACGGAAGUGACGUAUACUGCCAAUCUGACUUCUACAGGAGGUUUGGCGGGGUGUGUUCAGGGUGUUCGGGCCUGGUAGCCCCAGAGGAGUCCGUCCGAAUGGCGGGAAACAACGUUUACCACGAGACAUGUUUUGUGUGCGCUCUGUGCCACGUUAGAUUACAGACCGGUGAUAAAUUCUACAUCCGGGAAGAUGACAAGCUCUUAUGUGAACGGGAUCUCCAAAAAAUCACGAUGCAAGCUUCAGAUGGAGGAAACGUUGCUUCCAGAGGUGACAGUCACACUACUAAACGUUUGGCGUUAAACCUAGACCCACAUCAAAGAACUAUACUAGAACAAGCCUAUCAGAGUAACCCACGACCCGCACGUCAUAUCCGCCAGAAACUGAGCAUGCUCACGGGCAUUGAUACCAGAUUGAUACAUUCUUGGUUCCGUAACAAACGAAGCAAAACAAGGAGUCGACGAAUGAGGAAUAUAAGGAAAGCAUGUGGUGGCGUAACUAAUGAUUCUGGACUAAGUGACAAUGAAACAGCAACUUCCGGUUCUCUGUCGGGCUCUGGUGAUGAUGCACAGAAUACAGCAAAUGAAGUACAGUACCCGAUGAAUUACUCCAGUGACCUAUCCACCAUACAGACAAGCACCAUGGCCAGAUCUCCACUCAGUAGACUAAAUACGUGGCUUAAACACAUAGAUUCCUUGGCGGUGGAUGCGGUUCCCCCGAACAUAGAGCUGAAGGCUUCAGACUUUACAGCCGACGGAGAAAUCAGGCUUGUUACGACUAACGACGGUCAGGACCAAUAUGGCGGUCUGCAGUGGUACCAACGCCAGGUGGAGCACCACGAUAGCGACACCUGGAUUCCCGCGAUAUAAAAACGUAUAAACGGACCAGUCGUUUGUCAAUGUGACAGAAACGGCUGCUAUUGUGUGCUUUAUCAAGAUUGUUUGAAAUAAGUUGAAAAUUAAAAUUGUUACAUGUAUGAGGAUUGAG